AUGCCGUCGCAACGUCGCAUGAGGUUCUUUACAAUCCUCAUUGUCACCAUAAUUGUCGUUUUAUUCUACAUGUCCAGAGCAGCCAAGGAAACACAAACAUCAGACUUUUACACAAAGACCCAACAAGCCUUACAGGAGAAGGAAUAUGCUCAAGCCGCGAAACAACGCAAUGCAGACAGCAUUGGAUCGCGACUGAAAGCCGCCGAGGUGGAAGCCAAAAAGGCCACCAAAGACAAGGACACAUACCACAGGGUCGCGGUCGAGGGACCAGAUUCCAAGAGCGUCGCAGGCAGAGUCAAGGUGGAUGGCGAGAGAGUCCCCGGCGUCGCACAGCAAGGCGGUCGACCACGCGACCAGGCGGCCAUAAAGGAGCACGAGACGCCUGAAGAACACGAGGUCGAGAUGGAAUUGAAUGCCAUCUUGAAGAAGAGUCCUGUCAUUGUGUUUUCAAAGUCCUACUGCCCACACUCGAAGAAGGCGAAGCACAUUCUGCUCGAAAAGUAUACCAUCAAGCCCGAGCCCUACGUCGUUGAGCUCGACACCAAUCCAAUCGGCCAGCAACUACAGGCCUUCCUACACAAGUCGACCGGUCGACGUACCGUCCCCAACAUCCUAGUCAUGGGCAAGAGCAUCGGAGGCGGCGAUGAGAUCGAGGAACUAGAUCAAACUGACACGCUUGUAUCAACGUUCAAGGAAAUGGGCGGUAGUCGCAUUACACAAGUCGACCAUCGGGGCGCCCGCCCAGAGAUGCGGCGAAAGAGCAAGGCGUAG